AUGGGCUGCAAUCUUGGAGGUGAGGCUCCAAAACCAAGUUUGGAACCAAGUCCUCAUGAUGAACAGAAAGUGAAAACAAAUCCUCAUGAUGAACAGAAAGCAAGUCCUCGUGAUGAACAGAAAGAGAAGGCAAUUAACAGGGAGGUUAUCCCUGAAUUCCUGCGGGAGAAGUCUGCACAAGUGGAACAGACGCAGUUCAUUCACACACACAAUAUUCAAUCAUUGUGUGCAACAGAUGAUGGUGUGUGGAUUGCAUCCUCUGACAGUACAGAGCUGGUACAAAUGGACAGUGAUGGGGAGAGAGGACGCAGUGUGGAAAUGGUCAGUGGUAUUGAGGGCAUUAGUAUGAGUCCCCUUAGUGGGCGCUUAUGGAUAUGCUGUGAUGAUUCUACAAUCAGAGAAAUGACACUGCCUGAAUCUGUACAUUCCCCACCCGAGUCUGCACAGGUACGAUUUGAGACAGGAUGUAUGUGUAUUUGUGUGACCUACAAUGAAUAUAUUGUCAUUGGUACGUAUAUGGAUGUUACAAUUUACUCACAAGAUGGAGAAGUUGUUUUAUCUACGCAGAAUGUACCAGGAUCUAACAUCAUAAAACCUUACAAACUUGCAGCUUGUAAAAAGUCACGUCGGAUAGCGGUUGCGGACUGGGAUGAUGCUGUGUGUGGAGGAGAAGAUAAUCCCAAUGUGGCAGUCUUCAAUGAACGUUUAGAAUUUCUACAUAGAUAUCAUGGAGAAACAAAUUUAAUGAAAAAGCGGAAAGCUGCUGUGACCAAGUUUUUACCGUACGACCUGUGCUUUGACCAACAGGGUCUGCUGCUUGUAGUGGACUAUAAGAUCAGGUGUAUAAACAUAAUUGACACAGGGGGUCACUUCCUCCGCUUGUUGUUGGCCCUGCCCACUAGUGCAGUAUCCCCUAUCUGCCUUAAUCUCCAUAACAAUCAGCUCUGGGUCGGCUGUUCGGACAAAUCACUCAAAGUGUACAAGUAUGAUGAACUUACAGAAAACUGA